AAAAAAAAAAGACAAGGAAGAGACGCGAACGAGGAAGUGAUCCCGCACCUUCAGAGGCAUGAGAUUCCUCCAGUGAAGCGCUCUCCUGCGGGUUGUGUGCGUCUCUGCUGAAGCGAGGUUGAACCGAAAUGGCUGGGAGCUUCCCGACGGUCGGCGCGGAGAGCCGGGGGAAGACUUAAAGAGACGGACGGACGGACGGACGGGAGAUAGAGAUAGAGAGAGAGAGAGAGAGAGAGAGGAGCUGCUGUUUUGACAGCUGGGAUUAUCCUCCACUGUCCUGCUGUCUGCCUCAAAGAGACAAUCCGAACCGAACUGGGGUAACAACUUCAAAUAGAGCAGGACUCUUCAUGCUGAGGGGAACCUGAGGGGGUAAAGAAAAGGCUCCCACCAUGGCUUCAGCCCGGCUGAAGUACCUCUCCCUGGGCGUGCUGGUGUUCCAGACCACCUCGCUGGUGCUCACGAUGCGGUACUCCCGCACCCUGCAGGCCGAGGGCCCGCGGUACCUGGCGUCCUCGGCCGUGGUGGUGGCCGAGGUCAUGAAGAUUCUCGCCUGUGUGCUGCUCGUUUUCAAGGAGCACAGUUACAGCAUGCGAGCUCUGAACAGCAUCCUGCGGCAGGAAAUCCUCCAUAAACCCGUGGAGACGCUGAAGCUGGCCAUCCCCUCGGGGAUCUACACGCUGCAGAACAACCUGCUGUACGUCGCCCUGUCCAACCUGGACGCCGCCACUUAUCAGGUGACGUACCAGCUGAAGAUCCUGACCACAGCCCUGUUCUCUGUCUCCAUGCUUGGCCGCAGGCUGGGGGUCUACCAGUGGCUCUCCUUGCUGAUCCUGAUGGCCGGAGUAGCUCUUGUGCAGUGGCCCUCUGAGUCCGCGGCGGCCCCAGAGAAGGAGGCCCGCUCCGCGGGCUCCCAGUUCGUCGGGGUCACGGCGGUCCUGGUGGCGUGCUGCUCCAGCGGCUUUGCCGGCGUCUACUUCGAGAAGAUCCUGAAGGAGAGCAAACAGAGCGUGUGGGUCCGCAACAUCCAGCUCGGAAUGUUUGGCCUUGUGUUUGGCCUCUUUGGCAUGCUUGCAUACGACGGGGAGCGGGUGAGAGAGUCUGGGAUGUUUCAGGGAUACAACACAAUCACCUGGACGGUGGUAGCCCUGCAGGCGCUGGGUGGUCUGGUCAUAGCAGCGGUCAUCAAGUAUGCGGACAACAUCCUAAAAGGUUUCGCCACGUCACUCUCCAUCAUCCUGUCCACUCUUAUAUCUUACUUCCUGCUACAGGACUUUGACCCCUCAAGUGUGUUCUUCCUCGGGGCAGUUUUGGUCAUCACUGCCACUUUCCUAUACGGCUAUGAAGGCAAGCCGCCCGCCAACCCCAGUAGGGCAUAAGCCGACUCUACGGUGACUUCAUGAGGUCCAGUUGAAGCCUCAAGACUGCGGGGAGGAAAAAGGACAGACGAGAGCGCUGAGAGGGACAGAAAAAAGGAGGGAAGGAGGGGGAGGGGGAAGGCCUUCCUCAUAUAUUGUGAGCAGAGGACAGAAAUGCAAGCACAACACUGUCGUUGGUCUCACACCGAAAGUGCCUCACUUCUGAAGGAGAAGCGAUUUUGGGGGGUGGAAGGGAGAGAGAAAACACAAGAGUGUGUUUUUCUGUCUUUACUGUGGCAGAGAGGUCCUGGCUGCCACGUCUGCAGGAAGAGGACGGACUGAUUGCGUUCCUGAAGGACCAGUUUGACAACCAGUAACCGUUUACUGCCACACCAGUCACGCCCAUGCAGUAAAUGAUUGCAAAGGAAGAGAGCACCUCUACAGCCAUAGUAUUUUAUUUUUUCGCUACUUUUGUCUGUUUUAAGCAAACAUUAGAACCUCAUUUGAGAUACUAACAGAUCGCUAAACUCAAACUGGCUGAAAAGGGUCCAGUGUAGCUCAGGUGUUAUACGCCCUAACCACACACUUGAACUGUAGUGGCCUGCACACUUUAUGGCACCCCUAAUAAAGAUGGGGGCUCAACUUAAAUUAAGCCGUUAUUGCUGAAGUAUAAAUAUAAAUUCACUGAGCAUUUUUUUUUUAGAAAAUCUAUCCUUUAAGCUGAUUUAUUCCACAUUGCAACAGGAGAAGUUUUUUUUCCUGUUUCCCUGACAUUUAAAUCUGACUCUUCAAAAUGGGAAAUACUGAAAAACAUGUUCAGUUAGUGAAGACAGAUGUGCAUUCAUUGUCAUUCGCUACUGCAAUGCUACAGAAAAAUAGCUUCCCAACAACAGUAAUUAAAAUCUUAAAUUAAGGCUGCAGGUUAUUUCCAUCCUCCUGGGACUGUGUGAGUUAAAGUUGAUCUGAGGGACAUCAUUUAAUAUUUUUGGAGUACUUAGUUUCCCAUUCCCAGGGUGAAAAAAAACAGCUUGUGGGAACCUCGUUAGAUUGCUUCCCACAUGGUAAUGGUGGAAACUGUAUGUUCAAAUCUAAACGGAUAUGGAUCACCAGACAGAUCCAACCCUUAUUCCUACGGGAAAACCCGUUUGCUGCACUGAGAAGAAGAAAACGUAGAGCUGCCCUCUUUUGUCCAGGUGCCAAAUAUAAGCAUCACAUGUGGCAAAAGUCAGUUUAGUAAAAAAUAAUUAUUUCUCAAUAUUCUUAAUAUUUCCUUGUGUGUAAGCUCGCCUGAACGAAAGGUUAGCUUUCUCUCAGCUUUACCAGGGGUGCCAGUCAGUGUGAACGGUUCUACAAACACAUUUUAGAGAACGAGUUAAGACACUGAUGGUUUCAUUGACUACAACUUGUGUUUUCUAAAUGACUGCUUUCUUUCUUCAGACGCGGUCAGUAAAACAUCUUGUUGUUAUCAAACUCAGAGAGAUUCUGUGAUGAGAUUGCUCCGCCGUUGUCUCAGCCAGCUGGAGUCAAACGUUUGUAAUUUGGAGUAAAAUGUUUGAUGAAUGAACCGAGCAGCUUCAGUGACACCACUUAAAAUAAAAACUGGUGAUUUGGUUCAUUUUGGAACUUGAAAUAAUCUUUAAAUCAGUAACCAGUCCUUAGUUUAACUGCAGUAAUUUGGCUUAGGUUUACAUUGUUCUGUUUGGGCCAAUGAUGAUGGUGAAGCUCUUUGAUUUAUAUUUUAUUUUUUGCAGUAUAUUGUAUUGACUCUAUGGCCAAACAAUCAAACACAGAGUCUUUUUAGGGAAUUUAUGAUUUAAUAUGUUUGUUUGUUUUUGUUUUCUGAGCUACGUUGGGAUAAAGCGGGUAUAAAUAUUAAGUUUAUCUUAAUUAUCUACAUGUGAAGCUUUUCUGUAACUUAUGAUUAUGGGUUGUUGUGUGGCUCCUGUUUGAACCUUUCUGCUGUGCAACACAAUAACAGGUAUAUUCAGACUGGAAUGUAUUAAAACAAAAUAUAAAGGUGACAAUAUGGAGAAUUGUUUUGGUUUUUUGGGGGGUAAAAUGGGAAGAAAUUCAAGAACAAAAGGUUGAUAUUCUGAGUUGACAUCACUGCACUGUAAAUAAAAAAAUA